CUGGCAUCACCUUUCUUCAGUCGUGUCGCGAUGCGAACAACCUACUAGUUAUUGAGGUGUUUGUUGGAACAGGCAGGAAGGUGUUCUGGGAUCAUCGCAGAAAUGUCUGGUGCUUUCCCUGACUUGGGCGUAGAGGUCUGAUCUCUAUUUAAAGAGGGCUUCUUCCCUCUGUUCUGCUCGGGCCCUCUUCUUCCUCUUGUUCUUUAUCGCAAACACCAAUUUUCCAAUUGACCUUAACCGGCAGACGCUGCAGAAAAACCAGCCAUAAUUCGAUCUUCUCUUUCUUCCGACUUGAUCAGUAAUCACAUCCUCCUCCAAAAUGCCUAGCGGAAACGGAUACAGCUACAAGGGCCAUGGCACCAACAGCCAGGGUAACCACUACUGCGCUCGUGACUAUGGCAACGGAUCCAACGCGUAUCACUACUCCAACACUAACGGAUCCUACUACUACUCCAACCCGAACGGUAGCACUUACUACAACAGCGGCAGUGGAUCUUCCACGUACACCUCGCCCAGUGGUAACUCGUACUCGAGCUCCGGCUCUGGCUCUGGCUCUGGCUCCGGCUCUGGCUCCGGCUCUUCUGGAAAUUCCAAGUGAGAUGUGAGGGGGAAUGCUUGAAAGGCGAUGGUUGGAAGCCAGGGAAGAUAGUCCGGUGAAAGUCUGCUAGGCAAGAUGGAAAUUAAAGAGGGUUGACAGGACUAUGGCCGUUUUGAGAGCCAAUUUCGUCGCACGAAAGAGAGGCAUAGCAUUUGACUUGUUGGUAUGAA